AUGGUUAAUGUAUCAUUAAGAAAACGUCAACGUGAAACAAAUUCGAAUCAUGGCGAUGAAUCCGAACAUGAACAUGAAUAUGUAGUCGAAGCUAUUCUUGAUAAACGAGUUCGAGGAAAAAAAAUCGAAUAUUUCCUCAAAUGGCAAGGUUAUACAGAGGCAUAUAAUACGUGGGAACAAAAACGUAAUUUAAAUUGUCCAGAUUUAAUGAAAGAUUUUGAAGAAAAAUUAAAAAGCAAAACUAAUGAACAAAAAUCUACAACAUCAAAAAGAAAAAGUAAAUUAUCAACAAAAAAAUCGAAAAAUACAAACGCGAAUGAAAGUGAUAAAAAUUAUGAAAGUGAUGAAUAUCAAGAUAUAACUUCAGAAAAUGGUACUACUUCGAAUAAGAACGAUGAAGAUGAGGAUGAUGAAGACGAUGAUGAUGAUGAUGAAGAUACACGAAGUAGUAAACGUCAUAGUCCACGAAAAAAACUUAGUUUAUCUCCUGAGGAAUCACCAUCAAGUCGUCGUCAUUCAAGUCGUAAAAUUGUGAAUCAAACAAAUUCUCGUAUUACAACGAUGUCUAAAAAUGGAAGCUCAAAUGAUGAUGAAGAUGAUGAUACUACUACUACUACUGAAGAUGAAUCAUUAACAAAGAAAGCACGAAAAGAUCUUUCAAUAACUCCAAAACCUAAAAGAACGUCUAAUGAACAAUUAUCAAUGACUAUCGAAGAUAAAAAUAAUAAUACUAAUAAUAAUAGUAGUAUAUUUUCUGAUAGAACUCCACCUAAAGAAAUAAAUAUUUGUGAACCAACAACAAUUAAUCUUCGUCUUCAUAUUACACCAAGUUCAACAUCAUCAAUUUCUUCAAUUCUUAAUGAUAGUGAUAUUCAUAAUCAUGAAAAAUCUACAACAGAUAAUUCGAUAAAUGAUCAAGGUACAAUUGAUGAAACGAAUCAAGUUGAAAAAAUUGAAGCUGUACGAAAUAAUCACGAUGGUAUAUCAUUUCGUAUUAAAUUAAUUAAUGAAAAACAAUCAAAAUGGAUUUCAUCAAAAAUUGCAAAUAAAAAAUAUUCACAAGCAGUUAUUGCUUUUUGGGAAAAUCAUGUUGAAUUUACAUGA